AGAAGUUUAUUGAAAAUAAAAUUAAAUAUUUCUAUUUUAAUAUACCAUAAAAUUUGGCGAUCCUGCCAGGAGUCCUGCAUAUGAAAUUACGCCGCUGUGUUCAGUGAUACCAAGAAUACAACCAAUUAGUGGUCGUUGCGGACUUCGCCAUCCCAGCUCACAAGCACAAAUCAGUUGUGCUCUAGUGCGUUCCACGAAAUCACUGGAGAAGCUUCACUCUACACACGCGUUGGUACACCAUUUUUGAGCGUGUGCCAUAUUCUCAAAGGGAGCCACACUUGAGCGGCGUCUACAACAGUUCCUAUCCACAUUACAUACUCUAGCCGCAGCAGCAGGGUGGUCAACGGGGCGAGCACGGUAAGGAGCAACAUUUAUUGCCACUACCACCACUCAAACCAGAACCAGCGCAGUAACUGCACUUGACUUCGCUGCUCAAAAUAAUUGCAUAAACCGCAACUGCUACAGAAAGAGGAAUAUUCCAGCAGGUUAUUUAGCAGCAACAGCAAUCGCAACAAACACUACAGUUGGAACAUUAUCAGCAGCAGCAGCAGCAGCAACAACAACAACAAAUUCAUUCACAGCAGUAGCAACAACAACAACGGCGAGACAUUCAGCAUUCAAACCGUCAUCAAGCAAAACAUCUAAAUAGAUAAGUUUAUGUUAACGUUAGUUGUUGUUGUGUUAAAUUUUACACUCAGACAAUUUUAUUUUAUUUUUAAAUACAAAAAACAGUUAAUUUUUGUAAACCUUCUUCCAAUAUGUUGCGUUCUCCUCAAGACAAAGGUGAUGGGAAUAGACUUGGUAGGUCUUUGAUUGACAUUGAAGAUCCUCGUGAGGUGUCACAAGAUAAUAUACGUAAUCCGUAUGACAGGUCUGAAAUUUGUGCUACUUCGGUAAAAUUACCACAAUUUUGGUCUAACUGUCCUGAAGCAUGGUUCGUGCAUGCCGAGAUGCAAUUUGCUACAAAGGGAAUUAGUAGGGAUUCGACCAAGUACGAGUUCGUUAUAACUGCCUUGCCUCAAGAAGUUAUUGCGAAUGUACUUGAUGUUAUACAAAAAAAAGUUCUCAUUGACCGACAUUCUUUAAGCGAGCAGAGAAGACUUGAUAAAAUUUUGUCAGAUACUGAGAUAGGGGAUCGCAGACCUUCCGAGUAUUAUAGGACCCUUGGUCAGUUAGCGGGUAGCACUAUAGACCCGAUUUUCUUAAAAAAUAUUUGGUUGCGGAAACUACCUAAAAGUUUGUAUGUUGCAUUAACCAGCGCUAAUUUAAAUAAUAUUAAUGAUCUCUUGCAACUCGCAGAUAAAAUUUGGGAAAUUACCAGUGGUAGUGAAAUUUGUGCUGUUAAAAGUAAAGUACUUACUUCUUCAAAUAAUUUUGAUGACUUAGGGAAAAUUGUGGAAGAUUUAGCGAAGGUUACGACGAAAAUGUGUGAAAGUUUUAAUCGUUUGCAGUUGGACAUUAAUGAGAUUAAAACGCAAAUAUAUGAUAGACCAUCACGAUCAAGAAGGAGGUAUUUUAGUAAUAAUAAAAAUUCCCAGUCACGUAGUAAGUCUCAAUCUAAAAAUUGGGUCUGUCGGUACCAUUUCCGUUUUGGUAGUAAAGCACGUAAGUGUGAAGAACCGUGUGCCUUUAAAAGAAAUAAUUCUGACUCGACAAACUAGGACAUGCUGUAGUUGCAGCGACUAACAAUGGCAAUUUGAAAUUUUCAACACGUCGCUUAUUUGUAUUAGACAAAGAAAGUAAGCUUAAAUUUUUAAUAGACAGUGGUGCCGAAAUUUCAGUUCUUCCUUCCAAAUUCAAAAUUCACAAACGAUCUUCCGACAUUAUUUUAACUGCUGCAAAUGGCAGUAUGAUUUCGACCUAUGGAAAGAAAUUAUUAAAUGUUAAUUUGGGACUUCGUCGGGAAUUUCCGUUUGUAUUUCUUAUUGCUGACAUUUCUAAACCCAUUAUAGGGGCAGAUUUUUUAGGGAAGUAUGGACUCUUAAUAGAUAUAAAAAAUAAGAGGUUAAUAGAUCCCUUAACUAACUUGUCUGUCGACGCAAUAUCUGCGUUUUGUAAUAUCUCUUUGCCAAAAAUAUUUUCGGUUGAAAACCAAUAUACAAAGCUUAAAAAGAAUUUUCCUUCAUUAAUUUCUGAACCAGAUUAUAACAAAAAAGUUGAGCAUUCGACAGUUCAUCAUAUCAUAACAAAUGGAGUAUUACCAUUCUAUAGCCCGAGACGCUUAGAUCCAAUCAAAUACAAAAUAGCAAAGACUGAAUUCGAUUUUUUACUGAAAUCCGGGAUAUGUCGUCCAUCUAAAUCCC